CGAAGCUCCACCCCUUCCUCCGCUUUGUCCGGGUUGGAGAUCACCGCUUCCGGCGCCAGGCCCAGGAAAAGAGGCCGACCGGCAUCGGCAGGGAGCUUCUCAAAGCGUUAAAGAUUCUACUAUGGCUGCUACUGUGAAUUUGGAACUUGACCCUGUAUUCUUGAAAGCUUUGGGCUUCUUGCAUUCAAAGAGCAAAGAUUCUGCUGAAAAGUUAAAAGCACUUCUUGACGAAUCUUUAUCUAGGGGAAUUGAUUCAUGUUAUCGUCCACAGCAAAAGGAAGUAGAUCAGCCCAAAGUAUCCAUUCCAAAACCAGUUUCUGUUAAGAGCGCUCCAAGCCUCCCUUCAAGUAACAAUAAUGGGAAACCCACUGUAGUUGAAAAGGUGAAAAAAGAGGUGGAAAAGAGAAUUGUGGAUAAGGUAAAAGUGGAAAUCAGUGAAGGAAUUGACAUCGCAAAAAAACCAAGACUAGAAAAGCCAGAACCUCAUGCCUCAUCAAUCACAGUGCAGACAAGCAAGGAUUUACCCAUGGGAGACCUUUCUAGUUUUGAAGAAACUAGUGCUGAUGAUUUUGCAAUGGAGAUGGGUCUGGCUUGUGUUGUUUGCAGACAAAUAACAGUGACUUCUGGAAAUCCAUUAGUGGAAUGCCAGGAAUGUCAUAACCUCUAUCACCAAGACUGCCACAAACCUCAAGUGACAGACAAGGAAAUGAAUGAUCCACGGGUAGUGUGGUAUUGUGCCCGAUGUACCAGGCAAAUUAAAAAAAUGGCUCAGAAAACACAGAAGCCUUCCCAGAAGCCAGCUCCUGCUGUAGUGUCAGUAGCUCCAGCUGUGAAAGAUCCACUAAUAAAGAAACCAGAAAUUAAGCUAAAAUUGGAGACUACCCCAGCCUUCCUAGCAUUUAAGAGGACAGAGGUCAAGACUUCGGCAACAAUGUCAGGGAACUCAACCACUGCCAGUGUUUCCUCCUCCUCAAACAGUGGCCUUACAGGAUGGGCAGCUUUUGCAGCAAAGACAUCUUCUGCAGGCCCGUCAACAGCUAAGAUGGGAUCUGCCACCCAGAGUACCAGUGGCAAGCCUGUCACUGGCUCAAACAAUCAGAAACCUACUGGUUUGUCAGGGCUGGCCACAACCAAAGGAGUAGGAUCAAAAAUAACAUCUGCCAGUAGCACAAACCCUAGCCAGUUGAAGCCAUUACCACCUCUGACAUUGGGGAAAGUUGGUCUCUCUCGGUCUGUGAGCAGUGACAAUGUAAGCAAAAUAGGCCUUCCUAAUGCAGGCAGUUCAACCCCAGGCAACAGCUCAACUAUUGGUGGAAAUGGCAGCAGUGUGGCAGCAGGGAGCAGUGCUAGUAAGUCAAGUACAGAAUCGGGCAACCAGUCCCCAUCACUGAAAGGUCCAACGUCACAAGAAUCACAGCUCAAUGCUAUGAAGAGGUUACAGAUGGUCAAAAAGAAAGCAGCUCAGAAGAAGCUAAAAAAAUAACAGGUCUAUUUUUAAAACAAUAGAUAAUGAUAUCAUUAGUUCUAGUCUGCAAAGUGCUAACAUGUCGUUCAGCUUUAGCCAGAUAACAGUAAAAUCAAUGAUCUAUAAAUUACUGUUGUGUUUUCAUUUGGCACCCGUGUGUGUAUUCAUAAGAAUUAAUAUAUUAGUAAAAGGUCCUGUUAGUCUACAAGCUGCCUUGUUUGUACCUUUCUCAUUAAAUUAGAGCUACAAAAAUUCAGAUUACCACUACUGGUAGAUGGUAGUAUUAAAGUUUAUAGUCCAGGAACCAUAGCUCUAAUUAAAUACAGUUAUUAAAUACAAUUUAACAAUACUGAUUCCUUUAAAAUAUAUUUGAUGCUUUACUCUUCUUCAAAUAUAGACCUAAAAACCAUUAUGAAUGCUAAGAAAUUUGUAUGUGUCUUGGGUGUGUGUGUGUUCCUUUACAAUGGUGAUACAUCAGCUGCAUUUGCCAUUUCCAGUGGAAUAAACAAGGUUGUAUGUUAGUCCCAGUCCUACUCAAUCUCUUCUUCAUUUGAUGUUGUCACAUGCUAUCCAGGGUUUGAAGGAGGGAGUGUGUGUACAUCAGGUACCAAUUGGAAAGCUCCCUCUUUGGCAACUUGAAUGUAAACAGUGACUCUGUAGAGUCAUUAAAGGAUCCCUCUUUAUUGAUGACUGUACACUCCUGGGACACAAGGACACUGAUCCUGAACAAAUUCUCAGAUGUUGUUUCAGCCUGAUUAUCAUCCUGAGAAAGACUGAAAUACUCAUCAGCCUCUGCCAAAUCUCAAGACCAUAGAACCACUGUUGAUAGCACCUAGCUGACAAAUGUAAACAGCUUCAAAUAUAGUUUGGAAGCAUCAUCUCAAGUGAGGGUUCUUUGGAUAUUGAAGUCAGGAUCAGCAGGGCAAAGCAAGCACUGGGGUGCUCCAUCAACACGACAUCCAUCUCUCCAGAACGCUGCAAGUCUUCAGAGCUGUGGUUAUCCCUUCCCUCCUAUGAGGAUGAGUACCAGACACUACUGAAGGUACAGCAAACAACAGCAGGCAUUUCAUAUGUGUGCUCCAUCCUCGACAUUUGCCGACCAAGACCAUGUCUUAUUUUAUAAUUUAUAUCCUAUCUUUUAAGUCACACAUCUUUCCAAAG